AUGUCGGGUAAAAAGACUCUUAAGGAGCAGUUUGCAGCCAUUCGCGCUCGCGAAACAGGCAAAAGUGGCAGGCCCACUACAUCCAAUGAACAAGAACAAGACAUAACCGAAGCUCCCGUGGCCCAACCCGAAGCUGCGAAGCUCAAUCCCCAUGGAGGUGCGGGCAAACAGAGCGGGGAACAGAUGAGAAAUUCGUUGACAAUAGCUCGGAUAGAGCAGCGAAACAACGAGAAUGAACUGCAAAAUAUUAGAAAAAGAGCCACGGUGUCACACGCCCACCAGACCCGGUCUAUCUUCUCGAGACUAGCCAGACAAACGACGACACCUCAGGCUGAAAUACGGGCAGACCUUGCGCCAGAAAUUGAACAACUGAGUUACAAGUUGAACAGUCAAAACGAGAUACUCAGAACUUUGGGUGAAAAUACCGAUAAACACACCGAGGACAAUAGAGUUUUAAGCAGGGCGGUCGACGAAAGCAUUGCCAAAGCCAAAGAAUAUCAAGCCAAAGUACACGAGCAAAAUUUGCUAAUAGCCCGGUUGGAAAGCGAACUUGCAACUGUUAAAGCCAAGGCUGGUGCGUUGCAGACAAGCAAUGAAACAUCUUCUGUAGAUAAGAUAUCCAAAGAUGAGAUGAUCUCAAAACUUUUCAGAGAAUUGAUCGAAACCAAUCGACAACUGCGAGAGUCAGAGGAAGCCAAAGCAGCAGCGCCACAGCCUCCAAGUCCCUCCAUUGAUGCAGCCCACAUCCAAAGUAUCAGAAUCAAGGAUAGCGCAGCCGACAAAGAAGAGAUCACCAUCUUGAAUUCGAAAGUCUCAGCACUUGAAGAAGAGUUGCACGCUGCAAAGGUGCAACUCAAAGAAUUGACCCUCAAAGCAAGACAGAUGGCCGAAAAUCACGCAAAGGAGAUGGCAGAGCUCACAGAGGUGAAAGAUGAUCUUGCAAUCGACAUGGCUUGCAUGAAGCAAAGUCUGAUAUCCCAGAAGGAAGCUGCAGAGAAACAGCUAGAAGAGAUGGGAAUUCUUGUGAAAAAGCUCAAGCUGGAGCUAAUCGAAAGCAAGGGCAACUUCCGAUCUUGGUUGCGAAUCAGACCUCCACAGGGUACCCUCGGCAAGCAGCCUAUCUCUAUCAAAGGCGGUGAUUCUGUCGAAGUACUCGAUCGACAUGGCACUGCCAAAACUUUCAAAUUCGAUCGUGUCUUUGCCCCUGAAUCCAACAACGCCGUUCUGUUUGGUGACUUGAGCGAAAUUCUCGAAGCUGCUCUUCAAGGCUACGACAUUACUAUCCUUGCAUAUGGACAAACUGGCUCUGGAAAAACGUACACCAUGAGUGCCAUGCUCGACAUGGCAAUGGAACAAAUUUUUACUCAGCUAGCCAAAUCCUACGGGUCGGACUACAGCGUCCAGGGCCGUUGCAUCGAAAUAUACGAACAAAAGGUCUAUGAUCUUUUCAAGCCAGCACGAGAACAACUAAAGGUAUCGACCGACUGCAGCGGCAUGUGGCCCAUCCGCGAUCAGUUGCUUCAAGUACACACCGCUCCUCUCUCCAGCCUUGAAUCCGUUCAAGAAAUGGUCCAGGAAGUAAACAAGAAUCGUACCUCGGGUCAAACUUCAAAGAACGACACUUCAUCCCGAUCUCACAUGUUUCUAUCCUUUCAGGUAAAAGCAUCCAAGACCGAACAAUCAGGCGCCAUCACCACCACCCGCUCCGGAAUCACAUUCGUCGAUCUCGCAGGUUCUGAAUCCUUGAAAAAUGUCACUGAUCGCGUGUCAGAAACUCAGGCUAUCAACGCCGAACUUUCUGCACUGAGAUCGGUGCUCACAUCCAUGGGAACAAACCAAGCACGAAUCCCCUUCCGCGACACCCAACUCACUAGGUUACUCCAAGACGGCUUCACAACCGGCAAAGUCCUCUUCAUUCAAGCAGCUAGUCUGGGCGAAUUGGAGGAAUCGAUCCACACGAUGGAUUUUGGAGGCUUGGUUAGUAAAGUGACGCAGAAGAAACCGGCAAAGAAUGUGAUCACGGCUUUUGCAGGUACGGAACCGGUUGCGGCAGGAGAAGGAAGAUCGACUCCGACGACUCCGACGACUCCGACCCCGGUGAAACCUGCUGCGGGUACGCCUAGUACGAGAGGUACUAGGGGUGGCUCGAGAGGUGGCGCUUCGGGGAGAAGUACGCCGACUCCGAGAGGGGGCGCGAAGAAACGAGGGGUCUGA